AAUCGCCAUCCGCCCAAGAAGCGCACCUACUGCAACCGACUGCAAGUGCCGCAAGUGCCUCACGCCUGCCAGCGCUGCUUCUGCCGCCUGCUCCUUCAGUCUCCAGCCGACUGCGUUUCCGUGCGGUUCUAGUCGUCGUCCAGCCCCACGGGUUUGUACCCAGUUUGCCGUUAGAUCUCGUCGUUGUUGCGCUUUUAAGCCAAGUUCUCGCCUCUGCUCGGCUUUCUGCUCCGCUCGCGGAGAGAUCCUUUGCUGCCGUUGCUCCUUGCUCGCGUUUAAGUUGCGCGCGCGCUUUUCCACCCAGUGCCGAUAUCAGUGAACAAACCCGAAACAGAUCUCAAAACAGUGUGUGAAACAGCCCGAAAGUGAAAUAACUGACCUUGGACUUUGCAGUGCGUGGAUCAGCUUUGCUUCUUGUGUGCAGCGCGGCUUUGGGCCCAAAAGGAACCACAGAAAAGGCAGAAGUGCAAGACAUAAAAACAUAAGCAUUAGCCAGCCCGAAAAUAAAGAGUUUUAGUGCAAUAAAAGCCAACAGAAAAAGAAAAGCUAUUCCCUGCGUUGCGUCGUCUCUGCUUUCGAUUUACCAGAUAAUGUAAAAUCAGCUUGAACAAAAAAAAAACAUAAAAAACAAAAACAACAUUAACAGCUGCGUCUAUCUAUACUAGAUAUAUAUAUACACACACACACUCACAUCUACUAUAUAGUGAUAUAAGAGUUCGAGUUUCCCCCUUCCCUCCCAGAAGUCAGCUAUCAGCUAUAUCCUCCCCAAAAGCUUUGUGUGCUCCGCAGCAAAACGUGUAAAACGCUAAGAAAAAAAAAAAAAAAACAAAAACCAUCUUCUAUUAAGAUCUAUAUGCUAUAUAUACCUUACAUAUAUAUAUAUAUACACUGAGUGCUGAUCCAAGUUUUAGUGCUGUUUGUUUAUUGCGCGUGUGUGUGUAAACUCGAUCUACAAACUCCAAACAAACAAACAAACAAAUAAAAAAAAAACGCGUUCUAGUCGCCAGGCGCUAAGCUAAAAAGUCUAUUUGAAAGCUAUCCUAGAUCCGUAUAAAGCAUAUAAACAAACACACACACACACAUCUCAACUCAUAUAUAUACAUACUAUAUAUCUGUAUCUGUCAAAUACAACGAUAAAAUGGCCAACGUUGUCAAUAUGAACAGCCUGCUCAACGGCAAGGACUCGCGCUGGCUGCAGCUGGAGGUCUGUCGGGAGUUUCAGCGCAACAAGUGCUCGCGCCAGGACACCGAAUGCAAGUUUGCCCAUCCACCGGCCAAUGUGGAGGUACAGAACGGCAAGGUCACCGCCUGCUACGACAGCAUCAAGGGCCGCUGUAAUCGUGAGAAACCGCCGUGCAAAUAUUUUCAUCCACCACAGCAUCUGAAGGAUCAGCUAUUGAUAAAUGGACGCAAUCAUUUGGCCCUCAAGAAUGCACUGAUGCAACAGAUGGGCAUUGCGCCCGGCCAGCCGGUCAUAUCCGGCCAAGUGCCAGCUGUGGCCACAAAUCCAUACUUGACUGGGAUACCAGCCAACUCGUACAGUCCGUACUACACAACUGGACAUUUGGUGCCCACUUUGUUGGGACCCGAUCCCUCGGCUGUGGCCUCACAGCUGGGACCUGUGGUGCCGCAGGCGGUGCAGGUGCAACAACAGAAAAUACCACGUUCCGACAGAUUAGAGGUGUGUCGCGAGUUCCUGCGCGGCGCCUGCAAGCGGGCGGAGUCCGAAUGCCGGUUCGCACACCCGCAGGAGAGUGUCGCACGCCAUGACGAUGGCUCCAUCACGGUAUGCAUGGACGCUGUGAAGGGACGGUGUGCCCGUGAUCCCUGCCGCUACUUUCAUCCCCCCCUGCACCUACAGGCACAAUUAAAAGCGGCCCAAACACGCGCCACCGCUGUCGCUGCUGCAGCUGCGACCUCACCUGUUACGGCACACCACCACCAAGCACACCACCAUCACCACCAGCAACAACUACAACAGCAACAACAACAACAGCAGUUGCAGCAACAGCUGAACAACAUCAACAACAACAACAACAACAACUGCAGUGCAGCAACCACAUCAACAACAACAACAACCACAAACAACGCUGCCGCCGCCGCUGCCGCUGCUGCCGCCGCCGCUGCUGCCGCCGCCGCCGUCAUGGGCCAUCACCAUACAGCAGCACUGGAAGUGGGCAAGAAGCGGGCAGCGGACACUGAUCUGUUUCCACUGCAAUUCUCUGGAAUGGUACCGUUCAAACGUCCAGCUGGAGAGAAGUCUGGCAUUCCAGUUUAUCAACCCGGUGCGACUACGUAUCAGCAGCUAAUGCAGCCCUAUGUUCCAGUCUCAUGUGAGUAUCCCCAACAACAACAACAACAACUACAACAACAACAACAUCAACAACAACAACCACAACAACAACAACAAGUACUAGUACUACAACAACAACUACAACAACAACAAUUAGCGUUAAGUAGCGCCAUAACAACAACAACUACAACAGCAACAACAGCCAGUAAUAAUAAUAUUAAUAAUAAUAAUAACAGUAAUAAUACCAUUCACGUAAAUGCUGUAAUUGCUACUGCUAUCAAUCCAUCAUCCACAUCAACCACAUCAAUCGAUCAAUCAGCAACAGCAGCAGCAUCAGCAGCUGCAGCUGCAGCAGAUCCUACUAAUAAUCACAGUGACGAUAGUCACGAUAACAGCGAUAACCAUAACGAUAACGAUAACGAUAAAGUUGAUAAUGAUAAUGAUGAUGAUGAUAAUGCUGCUGAUGAUAAAGAGAAUGAUAAUCCACAAGACAGUGACGAUCACACCAAUACAGUGAAUCCAAAUUCAAGUCCCGCUAUUGAUUGUAAUACAACACAAACAAAUGCACUCACAACAGAAGCAGUAGCAGCUGCCACAGACACAGACAUAGACACACAGGAGACACAGGCAUCGUCGGCACCUGCAACAGCAGCAGCAGCAGCGUCAGUAGCAGUAGCAACAUCAUCAUCCAAUGGCAGCUCACCCGCCCCCUGUCCAUCGCCAACCACUGACAGUAGUAGCCUUCUGCCCCUGCCCCUGCCCCUGCCAACCAGUAGCGACAAUAACAAUUACUUGUCCUAUAUCAAUAACAAUUUAACCAACGGGCAACGGAUCAAGUCCGCCAGCCCACCAGAAGAGCCCCUCAAUGGCGAAGCAGACAUUGCCCCAUCAUCCGUUGCAGCAGCAGCAGCAGCAACAGCAGGAGCAUCCCUGACCUCGGCUCCUCGUAGCUAUAGCAAACAUAAUGGCGAUGCCUAUCAGAGGGCCAGCAAUGCCACAUACUCCAUGAAUGGCCACAGCACUGGGAUACUGCCCACACCCACCAGCAGCGCCCCCACAGUGACGUAUCAGUCCCAGGCUCAGGCGCAAGCCCAAGCACAGGCCCAAGCUCAAGCCCAGGCCCAGGCCAGUUUGCAGCGCAUGAACUAUUCGAUGCCCGCCUAUAGCUAUGCCAAUCUGUACUCCCCCUACAACAGCGGCACCUCCUCCAUCGUGAGCAUGGCAGGCAACACCCCCUCCUAUGUCCAGGCCCAAAUGCAGCAGCAGCAACAGCAGCAACAAGCCCAACAGCAGCAACAGCAGGCACAGGCCCAAGCUCAAGCCCAAGCCCAUGCCCAUGCCCAGGCUCAGGCACAAGCCGCCUAUGCGCAGCAGGCAUAUGCCGCAUAUGCGGCCGCCGCUGGACUCACGUCACAGCCAACGGCAGCGGCUGGCGGCUACUAUGCCGAUCCCGCUGCCCUGGCCAAGGAGGUGGCCCAAAAGAACUAUGCCCUCAAGGUGGCCAGUGCUGCAUCCGCGGCGGCCAAGCCGGGUGCCCAUUCGGCGGCCGCCUACACAGGCAUGACCCUCAACAAGGGAUAUGUGGCCGCUGCAGCUGCACCGCAGCCCGUUCAGGCGCCACAGCCACAGGCCGUCUCAAUGGCCACCCUCCUGCAGAUGCAGGCACAAGCACAAGCACAAGCUCAGGCCCAGGCUCAUGCCCAGGCGCAGAUGCGGCAGAUGGGAUCCCUGCCCAAUUCGGGCAUGUCCACACCCAUGGCGCCUGGCACGCCCCUCCGGUCGGCAUCCGCCGGCGGUGCCCAGGCACCGCAGUACUUGUCUGCAGCUGGUGCCGCCUCUGGCGCCCUGUUGCGUGCACCCUCGCCAAUGCAAUAUGCCGGCGCCCAAGGCUACUUCUAUCCGGGAGUAAUGUCCGGACCGGCUGCAGCCGCCGCCGGAUAUGCUGCCUAUGCCAUGCCCUCGAGUCAGGCGGCAGCGGCACAGCAAUAUGCAGCAGCAGCAGCAGCUGCCGCCGCUGCUGCCGCCCAGGGGGGAGGAGCCCAAGGUCUGAAUCCCUAUAAGAAGAUGAAGACAUCCUAAAAAGGGGACCACCCUCCCAGCCCCUUUUACACAAGACACAACUGUACUUAAAAGCUCUCCCGUUGAGGAAACAACAACAAACAUCGAAGACGUAAGAAAUAUGUGCCUCAGAAUUAGAACGAUUAGACUUUAGUUUUUAGCCCUCCACCACCCCCCAUCAACGUAGCGAUAGAGAGCAUCCAUGCCACACAUGACAUACGAUAAAAGAAGGCUUUGCAAAAGCUUUUCCCCACCCACACCCCACUAACACAUGCGCGCAUUCGCAUGCCCCACACAAAAGAAAAGAAAAGCCUUACUAACACAAAUGCCGCGCAGCUUGCAACGAAACGAAAAGAAAAACAAAAACAAAAACUCUUUUGCCAUUAAGUUAUUAACGAAACGAAAUACAAACCUCAAUGUGGACUUAAGGUGUUGCCAUUAUUCUCAAGAUGCAAUGAAACGAAGAAGACGAAGGAGAAGAAGCUUUUAAAAAGCAACCACGAAAUAAGAAAGGGAAAGAGAAACAAAUGUUAUGUUAGAUGAUAGAUUUUUACUUAAGUUCCUUCUCUGGUUAGCAAUUAGUCAAACACUAAACAGAAAAAAACAAAAACAAAAGAAGAUACGAAUAGGGGGGGGGUUUGGUAAAGGCAAUGGGAAAAGUAAUGUGAUAGCACACACACAAACAUAACCCCUCUCCCACACACACAGCUGAUUCAGAGAAAUAAGAAAUGCCAUCCAUCCCACGACUGCCUGCGCUCUCUCUUAAUGUGCUCUCUCGCUCUCAGAUCGAUCCCACUGCUGCUGCUACUGUUACUGUUGCUGUUGCAGUCGCACACCCAUAAAUGCAGCCACGUUCCCGUUCUAUUGCUUUUCACCCAUCCAUCAUUCUCUUUACUUCUGCUCUCAGAAGGAGCGCGUUUCUCCUCUCUCUCUCUCUCUCUCGCCCGCUAUCGCUGUCUAUCCUUAAAUGUUUACCUACAUAGAUAGCGGCCAUAAAUAUCGUGAAUGCUGUUGUAAUUGUUUAAAUUAAAUUGUUGAGCAACGAAAGAAAAUUGUGCAUAACGUAACGGAAUAUUGUCUAGUUAUAUAGAAUACUACUUAUACGAUAUACAUACAUACAUCAUAGCUGUAUGCUGCUACUAUCUACUAUAUAUAUAUAUAUAUAUAUAUAUAUACACACACACCCCCCCACACACUCUGUACUCUUCUUACCCACACACACGCUCAUUCACCACACAACUACGCAUACACACACACACUCUUUUAAAAAGAAGAAAGAACGAUCUGUAAAUCGUAUAUCUAUAGCCUUACUAAUCACCAGAAGUCACUCUCUAACACACACAUACACUCUGACACCUGUUAAGCCACCCUUCAAAAUUAAUUAAUUCAUAAAAAUUAACAUUAUGUUUGUCAAAGAUUUAUACCCGCAGAGAACUAUGUAAAACUUUUGUUUUCGUUUCGAUCAUCAUCUCUGUCUUUUAAUCCCUCUCCCACACACUCACAACACACACACACUUUAUUGCUAUCUUCAAUGUAUUCUAUAUGUUUUUGUUUCUUUCUGUAAUCAAAUGUAAAAAAAAACAAACAAAAAAUAACAAAAGAGAAUAAAAUCAUUGGCAAACAGAAUUAAGUUUUUAAUGUUAGAUCUCUCGUGUGUGAUUAUCAGUUCUUUUCACUCUCUUCUAUGUAAUGUUUAUGUUUUAUUUAUAUAUAUAUUAUAUAUAUUUUAUGUAAAAGAAACCAUUUUUUAAUGUAGUUAUUACAUAUAUAAUUUAUUAAGAAAAAAACAAAUAAUAAAUUUUGCCACUGACUUGCGCGCACACUCCUAAGUCUUAAAUCCACAUGUCCCCCACACAGCAUCCCACAGCCCAUCCCCUACAUUUUGAGACAAACAAAAAAAAAACAUCCUUACAUUAUGAUAUGAUAUAUACAUACUUACUAUAAUCUCUCUAUGUAAAAUUGUUCUUAAUUGAAGUACUUCUAAUGUCGUUAAAACAACAGAUUUUGAUGUGUUUUUUUUUGCCACUAAUUCUUAUCCUAAUUCUAAUUCUAAUUUAUAGUUUCGAUAGUUUUUAUUAAUGUUUUAUUUGAAAUAUCGUGUUUUUAUCUAAAUAUAGUUUACAUCAAACAAAAACAAAAAUAUAUAUCCUAUAUUCUGUGUGUUGGUAUUUUACUUUUUAUUCGAUUUUAUUUAGUUUUCUGUUGUGCCGCUUUCCUCAUUCAUUCUACCCUUUAAAUACUAUGAUAUAUCCGGAACACCCGCCCCCACAAAUACACACAAUACACAAAACACAAAGCAUUUCCACACACUUGCGCUUAACGGCAGAGCCAGCACUCUUAUACACGCCCUCUAGAGCUUGAAGAACUCCACCCGCCCCACCCGCCACUCGUACUUUUUCACCAUCCUCUGACAUCCUGUAUAUGUUUUAGCUCUUAGUAUAAUGGCAAUGGCAAAGCAAAAUGAGUACGCUAACGGUAGAGAUCUAUAUCUAUAAUAGUUGUAAACCUCUGAACAAUAUAUCGUACAUAUAUAUAUUAUCAGUAUCUGAAUGUAUGACCAAUGGGCCAGCUAAUUGCUUGGCUUAUUCUAUCUAUACUUGGAUAUAUACAUUUAUACUUGAUAAGAAAGAUGCUUUAACAUGCAGCGAGACAGUAUCGAAAACCAUUAAUAAUUAGAACCAAUAAAAGUAUCUAUAUCUAUGUAUGUCUUAUAUCCUCUAUAUGUCUUGCCUAAAACUCUGAUAACAUUAUAUACAUUUAUGUGUGUUGUAUGGUUACACCCUCUUUUUUUUCGUUAACAAAACUGAGAACUGCGCAAAAGUGUCUAGAAAAUCGCUCUGUCUCAAACAUAAAUCCCAAAUAACAACAGCAAAAAGAUGAAAACUAACAGCAAGAACACAAUCUCCACUGCAUGACGCAAAAGAUAUAUAUAAAAAAAAAUUAAAAAAAAACUAACUUGCAUUCUAGAAUCUACAUAAGAACUCAUAUAUACCUCUACAUAUUUUACUCCGCUUAAGCACCCAAAAUAAAACAAAUACACACAAAAACUGCUUCAAAUUACAAUAUUUAGAACAGCCGUUAACAUUUGGAUUGAAUAAUACAAUAAAUGUAUA